UGAGGGCUGGAGCGCGGAUGCUCUGGUCGCGUAACGAGGAGACGGGCCUCGUUGGGGAGGCCCUUGGUGUCGGGGAAGAAGGGAGAUAGAAAAGGGGAUGGCGGAGGGACGGCGUCGCGGGAACAAGGAACGCGAGUGGGGGGUAGAAGGGCCUGGGUGCUGUUGGGGUCCACGGGCUCAGGAAGAGUGGGAGCCGCCUGAACAGCAACAACGGGUCCCAGAGUCCUCCGCGCAUUUAUGAAAGGCUGAGCACGGCAAGGCUCUGGAUAAGGUUGCGGAUACUGACCCUCAAUUGCAUUAAUUAUACAUCUGGGCCAAUAUUCGCCCUGACACGGUGGGGAGAGACUUUCAAGUGCUUUAUUCCCUGGACGUUGUCAUUAUUCCGACGAGGUGCUUUAUUAAUUGGGCGCCAUCGUUGCUAUCAGGAUCACAGCCUCUACCUGUGCGAAUCCGGUCCCAAAUCUCCAACCGUCUCAUGGCUAAGACGGGGGAAGCUCAUCUGCUACGAGAAGCGGUUGGGGCCAGCUUGAGGAAAAAGCGUUUGUUUUCUUCCCCGCCCGACCUUGCUCCCGCGGCCAAGCAGAACGCGCCGCGGCCGGGGGCGGGGCGAAGGAGAAGCUUCCGCCUUGCUAUUGGCCGGAGGCUAGCGGAGAGGGGCGGGGCGGGGCGGCGCGCGCUCUCUGAGGCGCGGUCUUGUGGAGCUGUAACGGCCGUUGGAGCGGAGAACGCGGCGUCUCUCGGAGAGCGUCUGUCUCUCCCGUACUGGAGCUGCUCUUGCCCGGACCCUCGCUGAUUGCAUCUCCCAAAAUGGCUGUGCAAGAAAAGUACCUGGCAGGGAGGAUUUCUCAAACCAGUCCAUCGGAUUCCAAUUUGGUUCAGAAGGGCAGUUCCCUGGGGACCGAAUGGCAGACCCCAGUCUCAGAGCCAUACAGAAGCCACUUCAGCCGCUGCUCAAGUGUGGCUGACACAGCCAUCGGCACAUCGUGUUCCGACAUCGCUGAAGAGUUUUGCAGCUCUAGUGGCAGCUCAUCCUUCCAGCCCAUCAAAAGCCAAGUAACCAUUCCUACAGCCCAUGUGAUGCCAUCUACUUUGGGGACCUCUCCAGUCAAGCCAACUUCCACCCACACGGGGCUUCUUUCCUCCAAACUGCCUGUGUCGGGAUUGUCUGAAACUUCGGGACUGCCCCGGAAUGGAGACCUCAGCACUAUGAAAAGGUCUCCAGGCCUGCCUAGGGAUCUCAUGUACCUCUGUGGAACUCCUGGAGAAAAUGGAAUUGAACAGUCCUGGUUUCCUGCUUUGGGCCAUGAAAGGGAAGAGGAGAUGACGAAGUUUGAUACUCCCAACAUGGAGACAACUCUCAACCAGUCAGUACUGAUGGAAACACUGUAUUCAGAUCCCUACUACCGAUUCCACCUGCAGAAUCCAGCAGCUGAGACAGGCAAGGAGUUGUAUAAGGUGCUGCCCGAGACUAAGAAGGCCCCAGGUGUUGGGGCUGGAUGUGAACGAAAUGGAGCCCAUGCCGUUGCUGGUGGGCUGCUUCAGGCAGCAUCUGGCUUCCCAAAGCCUCUCCAGUCACAGGGAUGGCUUCAAGGCCCUGAUGCUUGGCAUUCCCAGGAACAAUCUUGUGAACUCAGCUCAUGCCGACAGCAGCUGGAGUCAAUUCGGUUACAGAUGGAACAAAUGAAGCUCCAGAAUGGAGCUACUUGCCACCACCCCUCGGCUUAUGCUUCAUCUCUGCCAGCCCUGGAGCCAGCCCAGUGGGUGGGCAUCCUGAACAGCAACGAGAACCUCCUGAAGGAAAAGGAUAUUCUUAUUAACAAGCAGAGGCAGCAUAUCUCUCAAUUGGAACAGAAAGUCCGUGAAAGUGAGCUUCAAGUCCACAGUGCUCUGUUGGGCCACCCUGCCCACUAUGGGGAUGUCUGCAUGCUGAGACUGCAAGAGCUGCAGCGAGAGAACACUUUCCUCCGAGCACAGUUUGCUCAGAAGACAGAGGCUCUCAGUAAAGAAAAGUUAGAGCUUGAAAAGAAACUGUCUGCCUCAGAAGUGGAUGCACAGCUCAUCCGGGAGUCCCUCAGGGUGGCGCUGCAGAAACAUUCAGAAGAAGGGAAGAAGCAAGAAGAAAGGGUCAAGGGACGGGAUAAACACAUUAAUAAUCUAAAAAAGAAAUGUCAGAAGGAAUCGGAGCAGAACCGUGAGAAACAGCAGCGUAUUGAGACCCUAGAGCGCUACCUGGCUGACCUGCCCACCAGGGAGGAUCAUCAGAAGCAGAGCCACAAGCUCCGGGAAUUGGAACUGAAAAACUCAGACCUGCAGGAGCUAGUGACGGACUUGGAGAGAAAGCUGGGAGAGGCCCGGGCAGGCUGCACAGACCGGGAAUCCCAACUUGAGAGCCUGAAACAGAGAGAGCAGGAACUCCUCUCCACUGUACACAGUUUGCAAGAUAAACAAUCUUCACAGAAGGCCAGUGGAGGAAGCCUGAUUCAACAGGUGGAAAGCCCCAAAGUAGAGACUGAAUCUUUGCAGAAAGAGUGUGAUUGCCUCAGGAAGAUUGUGGAUAAGCAACAGAAGAAAAUAGACCAGUUGUGUUCACAAGUGAAGAAAUUAGAGGCGGAAGUGGCUCAAGAAGAAGGAGCUGGUCAAGCUCUGAAGGAGGAGGCCAAGAAGAGGGAAAAUGCCUUGGAGCAGCUGCGCUUGGCAGUAAAGGAGCUUUCAGUGCAGAACCAGGACCUGAUUGAGAAGAACCUAACCCUUCAGGAGCAUCUUCGCCAGGCCCAGCCAGCUUCUUUGCCCUCUUCAGACACAGCCCAACUGGUUCACGAGCUGCACCAGGAGCUGGGCAACUGCUUGCAUGAUCUCCAGGCUGUCUGCAGUAUCGUGACCCAGAGGGCCCAGGGACGAGACCCCAACCUGUCCCUUCUCCUGGGCAUCCAUUCUACAUCCCACCUCCCGACUGAGCCAGAUUUGCAGAAGCCAGAUGUGAUCAUCAGGAAGCUAGAAGAAGUCAGGCAGUUGCAUCGUGACAUUGAGGAAAUACGUACCACCAUGUCUGACAGAUACGCCCAGGACAUGGGAGACAACUGUAUCACCCAAUGAGGACCUAGGAAAUAGAGGGAGGGAAGGCCAGGCCAGCACUGCCUCUUGAUUGCUGUGAGGGGUCGGUGAAUGAUUUAGAAAGCCCCCUGCUGAGGAUGUAUCUUGUCCUUCAGGAACAUGUUUAUUGGCACUUGCCAGUUCUGAUUUGUGCCCCUGGGUAGUGAUGAAGAGGGUGAGUUAAUCAUUAACUGGCCUUCCCAAGGUACAACCUGCUGCCCAGGAAAACCCUGUCCUGUCCUCAGGCCACAGAGAAGCCUGGCCUGUUGCCUUGUCAGAGCCCCGUCCUUGCAGAUGGGGACCAGAAUCUCUUUAGGCUGUUUUGCCCACAGCAUUCAGUAGAGGUUGAGCUCCUUAGGCCCUUGCUGUGAUUGCCCUCACAUAUCCCACCCCCAUACCCAGGACUGGUGCCCAGACACACUUCUCAUGCUUCUUCUCCUC